UUUAGCCUAGUUACGUUGAGGUGAGAGGAGACAGCGGCUGCUGUGUCACAGGAUGAGAGUAGUGAUCCACUAUGCAACAGAUCGGCGUACUGAAUGCCUCUUUCAUUGCGGCGGCGGCGGGAUGGUAUAUAUAUACCUUGAGGUAUUUCAGAACAAAUACAAGGAAGGACGGAGUGAAUCUGAGCGUUGCGUCGCCGCCAGUUUCCACGCCCCACGAGCGCGACAAAGAAUUACAUCAAAUCGGACAGAUUGGAGGAUCCGCCUCUUUGCUUAGACCCAACGCUUAGACACAAUCAAUGAGUCUGCUGUGCCAUCCAAAGUCUCUUUUGCGCCGGAACGGACGUGGCUAAAAAAAAGAAAAAGAAAGAAAAACCACGUCCAGCUCUAACCCCAAUCCAGAAGACGGUCCCGGCGAGGAAGCCAGGAAAAAGGCGUGUUGUUUGGUCGCCCCAAUCCUCGGAUUGACUCCCGGCUUGAUCGGAGCUUCAUAGCGGACGCCCUCCAUUUUAUUCCCGGCUUGGAACUGUAACUGGAUUUUCCUUCCAACAGAGGUUUACUGAACAGAGCAUGACAGCUCUUCUGAGGAGCCUGCUGGCUGCCUCAGAGAAAGCUGCCUGCAUUGCCCAGCUAUGUCGCCAAGAGGAGGCCCUCUUUAGCCUACUCAUCGAGGAGAAGAGAGGUGCAGACAAGAAUAAGAAGUUCUUGCAGGACUUCAAGACAUUGGCAGAUGUGCUAAUCCAAGAAGUCAUCAAACAUGACGUGGGAAAAGAGUUUCCAGAACUACAAGAUCAUAUUUGUGGCGAGGAGUCCAACAAAUUUGAAAAUGGCCUUGGCGAGAUUGUAGUGGUGCGGGUUUGCCCCACCCAACAGGAAACUGCUGCCCUGCUGCAGAAAGUCCUGGAUCGGAAACAGACAGCAGCUGAAUUGUUGGCAGCUGCUGUUCAUCAGGAAGUAGUGCUUUCAGACCCAGCACUGGACAAUGUGGAUGUGACCAUCUCGACAGAGAGCUUGGCUGUGUGGAUUGACCCCAUAGAUUCCACUAAUCAGUACAUUCGUGGGUGUGGCAGUGUGGUGCCUGUGAAUGGCAUCUAUCCAUCUGGACUUCACUCAGCGCUUGUGCUGAUAGGAGUAUACAAUCGUCAUUCGGGUGAGCCCGUCCUUGGCAUCAUCAAUGAGCCUUUCUUCCAGGAGGAGCUGACAGCACACAGGUGGCAGAGCAAAUACCAUUGGGGCAUUUCCUAUGGAAGCACCAAGCUAAGCUCGCUGAGCCGACCCCGGCAGCAGCCUUCCCCCUGCGUGGUGCUGAGCAGCAAUGAGACCACCGUGUUGCAGAAAGCGCUGGCCCCUCUAUACGGUGAGAGGCUCUGCUUUGCUUCAGGUGCUGGCUACAAGAUGCUCUGUGUCGCCCUCGGCCUUGCCGAUGCUUAUGUGCUUUCCGAAGGCAGCACCUUCAAGUGGGACUCGUGUGGCCCCCAUGCCAUUCUGCGAGCCCUCGGGGGAGGCAUCGUCGAUCUUUCAGCAGCCCUGCGGCUUUGGCGUGCUGGGCAACACAAGAAUUUGCCCGAACUGACCUAUAACAAGCCCAUAGAGGGCGCUGUGGGUGCUGAGCGCUGGGCAAAUCAAGGAGGGCUGAUCGCCUACAUCUGCCACAAGCAUCUUGAGGCUGUGAUGGUCACACUAGCAACCACGACAGAUACUUUCUAAAACACAGUCCCAUCAGUGCAAAUUAGUGGGAGCAUUUGCCUGUGUAUGAGGGGAAGAAGGCAGUCUCUAAGUGAGGAAGGAUAAGAUUCUUAAUUUUUUUUAAUGGACCAAUCAAAUGUUUAUGGUGGCAAUAUGCCAGUAUGGGAUAGGAAUAGUACAAAUGUCAUGCUUUUUGACAUUUGCUUUUCCAUGCCAGCUGCAUUUAUAAAAUUUCCACUUCUCAUGCAGGAUGUGCAAUAGGGGAAGUAUUUCUUAAAUCGUUCUCCUUCUGUUCUUGGUGUAUCAUUUUUCUUGUGUGGGUAAUGUGUAUCAUAAAUACGUAGCAAACAUGCAUUGGGACCAUUAAACAAUCUGUGUUUAGGUACUCCUUUGUGUUUAGCAUGGGAUACAGCUCUAGAUUUCUUGCUGCUGCUUUCUGGAUAGGCACAAUUUUUGCAAGGCUUUUGAUGCGCAGACCAGGAGCCUUGAUAGCGCAGUGGUUAAAGUGCAGUAUUGCAGGCAAACUCUGCCCAUAGCUUGGAGUUAAAUCCUGACGGGGCUUAAGGUUGAAUCAGCCUUCCAUCCUUCCGAGGUUGGUAAAAUGAGGAUCCAGAUUGUUGGGUCAAUAUACAAAUAAUGCUUCUACAUUGUAAACUACCCAGAGAGUGCUGUAAAGCACUAUGGGGCAGCAUAUAAAUCUAAAUGCUAUUGUUAUUAAAUAGCAGCAAAGCAUUUUCUGACAAUGUCCCCAAUCUGUCUUGACCUUUGGGCCUGGAAAGGCCCAUUUUGUUUAUCCGUUGCCAUGUAUUUUGUGAGCCAGGAGUUCUACAAAGGCGUCUGGCUGCCAACUGUCGUUAACUGCCAAUUCUUCAAUGUAGUCUGGCUGCCACUUGUUGCUAGUCGUUUGGUUCACACUACCGUGUUAUCCAGGGUGCACCACAAGGAGGCAAACUAGCAUCACAUACACAUCAAGAGCUUAUACCGGUCCAAUGUCUGAUUUUUUCAACAUAGACCACCCUGUCCUUGAAUGGCUGGGUGGACUGGACAUUAACAUUUGAACUACUAUAGUAAAGGUAAAGGUUCUCCUGCACAUUCGUGCUAGUUGUUUCCGAUUCUAGGGGCAGUGCUCAUCUCCAUUUCUAAGCCGAAGAGCCAGUGCCCGUCCGAAGAUGUCUCCAUGGUCAUGUGGCUGGCAUGACUAAAUGCCGAGGGCGCAUGGACCGCUGUUCCUUCCCACCAAAUUGGUCUCUAUUUUUCUACUUGCAUUAUUUACGCGCUUUCGAACUGCUAGGUUGUCAGAAGCUGAGACAAGUAACGGGAGCUCACUCCGUUAUACUGCGCUAGGGAAUCAAACCGCUGAACUGCCAACCUGAUCGACAAGCUCAGCGUUUUAGCCAAUGAGCCACCGUGUCCCUUGAACAACUAUAAGUCCAUGUAUUUGCCAUAAACUAAAUAAAGCAGUAAAGCAAACAUAGCUUGAGCUGUAAGGACUCUGGGAUUUAUGAUCUGGCUUCGUGUUAAGAAGCAGGGGUAAUUAGCCUUUGGAUCGCUUUUAACACUGUGAGGAAUCACUAAUUAACUUUAUUUAACCUAAAGGCAUUUUUCCUUAGAGGAAACUCGAGAAUUUUAGUUCUCCGGAAGGGGAUCUGGGAUGGGAUCUUUUAAUAGGGGGGCUCUGGGGGAAAAGUAAUGACAUAUGAAUAUAAAUAAAAUUGCUAUCUAUGUGAACAUAUACUGCAGUUUGGGAAAUUUUCUCCCAGGCCACUAUACUAUGAAUUUAUAAUCUAUCUAUUGCAAUCAGGUUUGAUGGAAAUUCUUUCAAAUUAAUCAAAGCAAUUACCUGAACGUCUUGUACUAUACAUAUUUGUUAAAUAUAUUUUUAAACAAACACUCUUUAGAAAUAAAAUAUAUUCUGCAAGUGACAAAAGAAACAUUAAGUCUUCAUUCAGAGAAGAAGGGAAGGAGGCAGGACAAUGUUCAGCCAAACAUUUAUUUAUUGCCAUCCAUACUUCCUUGGCCUCUAACUAUUAUAAACAAAAAAACAUAAACUGUUAAAUUCAGGUAUUGGGAUUAUAUUCAUUAAAUUAAAGUUAAAUCAAAUUAUAGAUUUAAUGUAGAUAAUUAUUUAAAGUUAGAAAUGGGCUAUGAAUCAUCAUUACAAUGUACUGAUUUUGUAAAGUAUAUUUUCACUUUUUAUAAAGAACUUGUAGUGAUUUUUUAAAAUAGUAGAAUAUAUCUAAGGUUGAAAUUGUACAGACCAUUCUCAGAACUUUUUUCCAGAUUUUUAUCUGGUAUGUUUUUUCCAGACACUAUAUUAGGUAGCUUAAUAUUAUAAUUAUAAUUGUUUUUAAAAAUAUUAAGUACUAGCUUAGUUUCUAUUAUUCUACUACGGUAAUUAAUUUAAAAUUGGUUUUUUUAGGAUAGCCAUUAUAAAGGCAUUGGCAAAAUACCCCAUUAGCUGAGCUGCUUCUUUAAUAAUAAUAAUAAUUAAUAAACAGUAUAUAACCAUAGGAAAAAGAAUCUAGUUAUCCUCCACAGCUAUGUCUGCCGUCAUCAAUGCACCUUUAUGACUCAACUUAAGAAUGACAUCAGCUUCACACUGGCCAUGGUUUAACCAUGGUUUGUCCAAGAAAUUGAAAUAAUGCAAAAAAACAUUUGUGUCGCAGAAAGAAUUGGUGCAGAAUACUGGUGAGGCUGCAGGUGUAAGAAGCAGUUCUCACAGAAUGAAAGAGAAAUCUCACAUCUCAACUUUAUAUACUAUUUAAACAAGAGACAGAUAGAAACUGGGCCUCCUGCCAAAAAGGAGGUGCAGUACAUCAGUUACUUGAAGGUAGUGGAGGACAAUCAGCGAGAUAAAACAGUGAAUACCUAAAUAUUGGGGCUGGUUUGGGGAAAAAACGGCUAUUGCCAAAAUUCUUUUGUAAUGACAUUACUGUUUCUUAUACAAUAAACUAAUUUAACUGCA